AUGGUCGUAUUCAAGUCCAAGAGGGAGAUUGAUAUCCCUCGCCUCGAUCUGCUAUCGCUUUUGUUCGACUCAGACUGGUGCUUGGCGCUGGAGGAGACCAAAAUCCAUGUGCAAGCUGCCAAUCCGGCAAACAGCAUCACCAAAGCCGAGAGCCGCAAAUUGCUGAAACGUGUUGCCUAUGUGCUUCGACACCAGUUCGGCAUCGGCGCCUCAGGGCCAGGUACGGAUGUUGUUCUCACGGUGCUCAGUGGGAGUCCGUUUGCUCCCGUCUUCUUCUACGGCAUCGUCGCUGCUGGGGGCAUCUUUUCGGGUGCGAGCACAGAGUACCGAGUGGAAGAAUUGACCCGUCAAAUCGAGGACGGAAAGGCCACUUUGUUGGUGUGCUCGCCAGAAUGUGAAGCUCGCGUGGUUCAAGCGGCCGAAGCCUGUGGCAUUGCGCGGGACAGGAUUUUGAUUCUGGACGGCACGAUACCACACAGCUGGAAAUUGAUCUCUGUGGCGGACCAGUCCGACCUGCUCGAGCGAAGCGGUGGCAAGAUGCUGGACUGGCAGCGCAUCACAGACCAGCGGACUCUGGAGAAAGUCACGACAUGCUUGUUGUAUUCAUCCGGGACGACCGGUCUGCCGAAAGGCAUCCGACUAUCUCACUGGGCUCUUGUGUCAAACAAUGUUUGCACCAUGGACGUUGCGCGCCGCUACAGAGCGCACUGCCAAAAAGAAGGACGAAAGUUCGCUUUCAAUACUAUAGCACAUCUGCCCAUGUCCAACAUUGCCGGCAUCAGCCUGUAUUCAACGAAUCCGUUCUACAUGGGCGGCACAACUUGGUGGAUGGAAAAGUAUGACUUCGAUUCGUUUCUCGAAUAUCACCGCCGCUAUCGCCCAGCGUACCAGUUCAGCGUGCCGCCGGUGUGGUUACGCAUUGCGAAAAGCGACAAGGUGACUGAUCACUUCGAUGCUCUUCAGGUUGCCGUCACCGGUGCGGCGCCGAUCGGAGAAGACAUUGUGAGGGAGGUAAGGAAGAAGUUGGGUCGAGGCCAGGCGCACAUGGCUCAAACGUGGGGAACGACGGAGACAACAGGAGUGAUUACUGCAACUGACUGGCCUGCCUAUGCGAAGGACGGGACGUGGAGCGUGGGCGAGCUAUGUCCCAACGUCACACUCCGAGUCGUCGAUGAGGACGGUCAGGAUCUCCCCGAGGGUCAACGAGGAGAGCUGCUCGUCGGAGGUCCCAUCCUCGCCCAAGCAUACCACAACAGGCAACAGGCCACCAUGGAAUCGUUUCAGGACGGCUUCUAUCGCACGGGAGAUAUCGGGACUUACACGGACGGGCAUGUGCGUAUCGUGGACCGCAAGAAAGAACUCAUCAAGUACAAGGGCUCUCAAGUUGCCCCUGCAGAGCUCGAAGCGCUCCUCACUUCUCAUCCUCGGAUUGCAGACGCAGCGGUCAUCGGCCUCUGGGAUGAGCAACAACAAACAGAAGUGCCGCGCGCAUACGUGGUUUCCCGGCCACAGACUGUGGGCGGAUCCAUCACAGCUCAAGAGGUCGCCGACUUUGUCAAAAGCAAAGUCGCAAGUUACAAGCAACUGCGAGGAGGUGUGUUCUUUGUCGACGAGAUACCGAAGAGCGCGUCUGGCAAGAUACUGAGAAAGGAGCUGCGGUCAAGAAUAAAGCCGUCAUCCUCCAUACAAGCAAAAUUAUAG